AAAAUUCAACUCCAAUGCAGAUUUUUUUGUUAGAUAAUGAAAUGCAGAUUUUUAUGUUAGGCAAUGAUAACCUAAUUUAACCGCAAAUAUCAAUUUUGUGCUCCAAUCCAAACCCAACCCAGUGCAAUGUUUCUGCCAGAAAACGCAUCAUUAACAAGUUGUGGCACCUAGAAUUUCCUGGUACGUGUUGCAUUUGACAACGUAGCAGAGCUUGUUUCCUCUGUCGACAGUCCCGCGUAUGUAUAUGUAACGCAUCCCCUUCAAUCUUCAAUUUCAUCAUCAUCAUCUUCUUCUUCAAUGGAAUCUUUGGCUUCUCUCAAGGCUCCCUUUCAGGCCCUCCAUCUCUCUUCUCCCAGACCCAGAACCUGGAUUCCUCCAACCCAUUUGAAUACUUCUAGACAAAACUCAUUUUUCUCUAUGUCUGUUCGUGCCCAGGUGGGGUCUGAUGAGGGUUCACCUACAAUAGCUACAUCUAGUGAACCUAUUGCAGAAGUUCUCAAAGUUAAGGAGUGGGAGGUGGGAAUGUUCCACAAUGAGGUUGCUGCUAGCCAGGGUAUAAGAAUAAGGAGAAGGCCUCCAACUGGACCACCUAAUCAUUAUGUAGGACCCUUUCAAUUCCGGCUGCAGAAUGAGGGCAACACACCGCGUAACAUUCUGGAAGAGAUUGUGUGGAACAAGGACAAAGAAGUUGCAUAUCUUAAAGAAAGAAAACCCCUCGGUAUGCUGAACCAAGCCCUUGCAGGUUCCCCACCUGCUAGGGAUUUCAUUGGUGCUUUAAGGGCAGCUAAUGAACGAUCUGGAUUGCCAGCACUGAUAGCUGAAGUGAAGAAAGCUUCACCAAGUAGAGGUAUCUUGAGAGAGGACUUCGAUCCAGUUGAAAUUGCUCAAUCUUAUGAGAAAGGUGGAGCAGCAUGUCUAAGUGUUUUGACAGAUGAGAAGUAUUUUAAGGGAAGCUUUGAAAAUCUUGAGGCGAUAAGAAAUGCUGGAGUGAAGUGCCCUUUGUUGUGCAAAGAAUUCAUCGUAGAUGCAUGGCAACUCUACUAUGCUCGAACUAAAGGUGCGGAUGCAGUCCUUUUAAUUGCUGCUGUUUUGCCUGAUCUUGACAUCAAAUACAUGCUUAAGAUAUGCAGAUUACUUGGACUGACCGCGCUUGUUGAGGUGCAUGAUGAGAGGGAAUUUGAUCGUGUACUUGGAAUUGAGGGGGUUGAACUUAUUGGCAUCAACAACCGUAAUCUUGAAACAUUUGAGGUGGAUAUCAGCAUCACAAAAAAACUUCUUGAAGGAGAGCGAGGCGAAACAAUCCGUGAGAAAGACAUCAUAAUUGUAGGGGAAUCUGGUCUGUUCACUCCUGAGGAUAUUGCCUAUGUACAAGAAGCAGGUGUUAAAGCUGUUUUGGUUGGAGAGUCUCUUGUGAAACAAAGUGAUCCUGGGAAGGGAAUCAGCAAUCUCUUUGGCAAAGACAUUUCUUUGGGUUGAAAGUUAGCUUUCAUGAGAUUUUGGCAUUUGAGAUAAACAGAUUUUGAUAAUGUUCUUAUCUGUUACCCACUCCUUUCUUUGCUUGCACUCAAUUACCAAAAUCUUAUCAGCAACAAACAUGUAUCAAAAUAAAUUAUGCUUGUUUAGAGAUACUACACAACUAAAUUAUAUCAUUUUGCGGCCAAAUGACAAUUGUUCAUUUUACACUAA